AUGAGCGUGGGGAAGAAGAAGAGCGGGUUCCAGAUCACCAGCGUCACCUCGGAUUACGGGAAGGAAGGUCCGCCCGGAGGGGAUGCCAAGGGCCCCUCUGCCAAGCUGGCGGAUGAGCCCAGCCCUGUGGAAAACGGCAGUCACCAUCCCAAUGGUGGCACCGGGCCCAAAAACGGGCCCUUGGCUCCGGGCUCCCCGGGAUUGGCCCCCUUGCUCCCAGGCCCCACUGGCUGCGUGUCCGGUUCCCGCUUUCGUGUGGUCAAGCUGGACCAUGGCUUGGGAGAGCCCUACAAACGUGGCCGCUGGACUUGCCGAGACUUCUACGAACAGGAGAUGGACCACCACCUGGUGGGGCGGCUGGCAGACUCUGCCCGGCAGCCUCAGUCCUUGGACUCCCGGUUGGAGGUGGCCGGCCUGCUGGCGAAGCCCUCCUCGCCCUUCAGCCCCCCGAUGCCACGCCAGGGAGGACCUUGCCUGCAGUCCCUGCUGGUGCUCCCCGGGGCCGCGGCCUCGGCCCACCAGGCCCGCUCCCUGGGGGGUGGCCUGCCUGUCCUCCGCCCGGGCAGGACCCUCCCCAGCGCCGCAUCUCUCCAGAGCCCCCGGGUGGUGGCAGAGACGCGGCCCCUGGCUCCAGAGGAAGGCGCCCAAGAGCCCGCAGACCCUCCCCAGCUGGGCACCGUCCCCUUGGUGAGAGUGGAGGGGCCCCUGCUCCCGAAAAGCGUCACCCAGCUCAUCCCGAGGGAGGCGGAAGAGCGGCAGAAGAUUUUGCCCCGAGAGACCCGCUCGCGCCCAUCGUCCCCGGCUCCCCUGCUCUUCCGCGAUGCAAGCCCCCACCGGAGGACCUCCGACCCCUUUGGCGUGUCCCGCUUCAACCUGGCCCGGUCGGUGUUUGGCAUGGGGGCCGGCCACGACAGCGAUGACGACAGCGGAACCAACAGCAGCAUGAUCGCCAUCGACAACAAGAUUGAACAAGCCAUGGACCUGGUCAAGAGCCACUUGAUGUUCGCCGUGCGGGAAGAGGUGGAAGUGCUGCGGGAGCAGAUCAAAGAACUGUCCGAGCGCAACGCUGCCCUGGAGCAGGAGAACAGCCUUCUGCGCUCCCUCGCCAACGCCGAGCAGACCGGCCACUUUCUGGCUCAGCUCCACGAAAACAAGCCAUCGUCCAGCGGCUCCGCGUGACCCUGGACGGACAGAU